AUGAGUCUUCCUCCCUUUAAAAAUGCCAACUUUGAAUUGACCAGUGUUCCAGAUCCCAAUUGGCAACCAGGAUCUGGAGCAACCAAUAACGAUUGGGCAAAAUAUAAGAAGGUCGAACUGGAUCCGUAUGCUGAGGGCCGUCUGCCUUUUGAAAAUUAUAAACUACUUGUGAGCGCCAUCACACCUCGUCCAAUUGGAUUUAUAUCAACAGUGGGGAAAGAUGGCACAAGAAAUCUUUCCCCCUUUUCGUAUUUCACGGUUGUGAACCACGAUCCGCCUGUUUUUACAAUUGGUAUUUCGGGCGCUACGGGAAAUCUUAAAGAUACUUGCAAAAACCUGCAAGACACAGAAGAAUGUACUAUCAAUUUGAUCAGCGAGUGGUUCAUCGAGGCGGCCAAUUAUACAUGUAUUAAUGCGCCUUAUGAGAUUGAUGAGUGGAAGCUGGCAGGUCUUACUCCAGUCGAAUCUUCCAAAGUCAAACCGCCUCAUGUUGCUGAAAGCGCUUUUUCCAUUGAAGGUAAACUGAUCCACACACACUAUUUCAAGUCAAAAAAGGACCCUUCGAAAGGUUCCGGAACAACCCUUUUAGUAGAGGGAGUCAAUUUCCACAUUCGUGAAGAUAUUGCAGAUGAGAAAUUUACUACAGUGGACAUCAACAAAUUGAAGCCAGUUGCUCGUCUCGGAGGAAAUGUGUAUACUCGGGUUCUGCAAGGAUUUGACAUCCCAAGGCCGGAUUUCAAAUCUGAAAUUUCAGAGCACCCAGAAGUUUCCAAGUUGCUUUGA